CGGUGGCACUAUCAUUGGCGUUUUAACUGUGGACGGUUGCUACUCGCACUCGCUGGCGGAUUAACGGCAUAGAGAUAUACAUACAGACAUAUAUGUAUAUGCAUCUGCAUAUAUACCACUAUCUCUGGAGCUAUUAAGUACAAGUCUGCGUGGAGGGGGAGCGCCUGAAGGCAAAAGAAAAUCCAUUCUUAACCAAACAGAUUUAGAGCAAAAAUCUUAACAAAAUACUGUUACAAACAUUAAAAAAAACCAAAAUGAUGUACCAAAGCAGUUGAUUAAGAAAGACUCACCCAAAAAAUAAAACCAAAAUUAACACCAAAAACAUAUAUAAAUAAAAAAAUAUAUAUAAUUCAUUAAUAUUCAAUAAGCGUUAAAAAAUUUAACUUAAACCCUAAGCUACAAAGAACUACACCUAACAAAAAGUCUAACAAGAACUCGCUUGAUAGACAAGACACCCUUCUACAACCAGAGUGACAAGACGAAUAAGUAGUUCAAGUGAAAUCAACGGCGCCGAGAAAACAAAAGCACUAAAAUGGCUGAUAAAAAAAUUGGUGAAUACUACGCACCGCCGGUAAAAAUGGGCAAAUGGGAGGGUUUCAAAAAAUUCCUAUGGAACAGUGAAACUAGCCAAUGCCUUGGACGCACCGGUUCCAGUUGGGCGAAAAUUCUUCUUUUCUACAUAAUAUUUUAUGCGGCGUUAACUGGAUUCUUUGCUGCCAUUUUUACGGUAUUUUAUCAAACGUUGGACAAUGAAAAGCCCAAAUGGAUGCUCGACAAUGGUUUGAUUGGAUCCAACCCAGGUCUUGGCUUCCGACCAAUGCCCCCAGAGGCCAAUGUUGAGAGCACAUUAGUCUGGUACGAAGCAUCCAAGGUGGAUAAUUAUAAAUACUGGGUGGAUGAGACUUCCCGUUUCCUGAAAUCUUACGAGGAUCUUGAGAAGCAGAAUCAAGUUAACUGCAGCUUCGAUCAUCCACCACAAGAAGACAAAGUCUGCGGCAUUGAGGUCUCCAGCUUCGCACCAUGCACAGCCGACAACAACUUUGGCUAUCAUGUGGCCAGGCCAUGUAUAUUCCUAAAGUUGAAUAAGAUUUACAAUUGGGUACCAGAAAUUUACAACGAUUCAAAGACUUUGCCAGACCACAUGCCAGAGGAACUAAAACAGCACAUCAAAGAAAAGCAAAGCCUUAGACCCAAUGAAACCAAUGUGGUUUGGGUAUCGUGCGAGGGUGAGAAUCCCGCCGAUGUUGAGAACAUUAAGGCACGUGAUUAUUAUCCACGCAUGGGAUUCCCUCGUUACUAUUUCCCAUUCAAAAAUAUUCAGGGAUACAUACCGCCCAUUGUUGCUGUUCAAUUUACCGUUGAAACCGGCGUUUUGAUCAACAUUGAGUGUAAAGCUUGGGCCCGCAACAUCAACCACGACCGUUCAGACAGAAGAGGAUCCGUUCACUUCGAGUUGAUGGUCGAUUAAGAGAUGCGCUAAGAAAAUUACAUCGGGCAUGAGAGAUCGGCAGUAUCAAGGAGGCAGCCAUCGAAAAAUCUAAGAGAAAUUGAAUUAAAAGAAAAGAAAGAAAUAUAGAAAAAAAAAACCAGCAACAACACCCACACACAAAACCGAAACAAGAAAAAUGUAGCAGUGCAUAAACAACUAGUUAAUGCAAUAAAAACAUGCGAGAUACAGCAGCAACCAAAGACAAAAUUAAAACAAUGAAGCUACAAGGACAAAAUAAAAAACGUAAAGAUUACAAAAAAAAACUAGCCCUAUAAAGCAAAAUAAAAAAAAAUUAAGCAAAAUAAAAACUUACCCAACGCUAAUCAAAGAACACCCCACACUGAAUGACUCAAAAAACUUUAAUUUUUAGGACAUUUUUAUUUAGUUCAUAAUUUAGGCACCAAAUAAUAUUAUCAGUAGUAAACUUUUAAAAGAAGACAAAAUAAAUUAUUUUCCUAUUACAUUUUAUCGGUUUCUUAGUGUCAUUUUUGGAACAGUAAAUAUUUCCGAUAAAAGCUCAGCGAAGAAAGCUUUAAAACUUAAAACUUCAAAUGUCCUUAAAUGAUAACAAAAUUGAUUAAAAUAUUAUUUAUAUUUAAAAGUUCUUCUCUAUCCACUCCUCGUCAGCACCCAGAAUAUCCUAAAAGCAUAAUAUAUUGCUUAGGAUUCCGAAAUAUAAUUUUUUUAAAUUUGUGCUAGGUGUAAGCAGAGCGAAUCAUUUUCACGCAUGUAAACGACAAACACAAAACUCUUACUUGUUUGAAUACUACAUUUAUAAAUAAAAGAACAUAAAUGGUAGAUUCUUUAAUACACCAAUUAACAAGAUCUGCAA